AUGUCGUCCUCCCAGUCCGCGGGGGCGGCCCAGAGGCUGUCCGCAUUGAGCCGCCAGUUCUCGAGCACACCCUCGACACAAUUCGAGGUAAAGAAGCUCGGUGUUGUUGGAGCUGGGCAAAUGGGUCUUGGAAUCGCCCUCGUUGCCGCCCAAAAAGCACAAGUCCCAGUUACUUUGGUCGAUAACUCGCAAGCGUCGCUCGACAAGGGCAUGGCGUUCGCCGACAAACUUUUGGCGAAGGAUGUAUCAAAAAAGAAAAUCAGUGAAGAGAUCGCCAAGGCUAUACGAGACCGGUUAAAGCCCACAACACAGAUGUCGGACCUCUCUGAUGUCGACAUGGUCAUUGAAGCCGUGCCCGAGAUUCCGUCCUUGAAAGAGAAGAUUUUCGCGGAACUGGCCCAAGUAUGCCCGAAACACGCUAUCUUGGCGACGAACACCUCUAGUAUAAGUAUUACCCGAAUCGCACGAGCAACGUCGAAGGAUCCUACAGACACAUCAGCAUCCUCUCGGGUGGUGUCGACACAUUUCAUGAACCCGGUCCCUAUUCAAAAAGGUGUGGAAAUUAUCUCAGGACUGCAAACUUCCCCGGAGACCCAGGCUGCAGCGAUUGCAUUCUGCGAAAAGAUGGGCAAAGUGGCAUCGGUAUCAAUCGAUAGCCCCGGCUUCCUUGCCAACCGAAUUCUCAUGCCAUAUAUCAACGAGGCCAUCAUCUGUCUUGAAACGGGUGUUGGAACCAAAGAAGACAUUGACAACAUCAUGAAAAACGGAACGAAUGUACCCAUGGGCCCAUUAACACUAGCUGAUUUCAUUGGAUUGGAUACUUGUCUGGCGAUCAUGGAGACACUACAUGCUGGGCUUGGUGACAGCAAGUAUAGACCAAGCGUAUUGUUGAGGCAAUAUGUGGAUGCUGGUUGGUUGGGCAAGAAGAGUGGGAAGGGUUUCUACGACUAUAAAUAA